GCUCCCUGAUGGGCGACCCGGCCGUGAUGGUGACCCUGCUGCCCAGCGUGCCCGAGGCGGUGCCGGCCCUGAGCCGGGCCGGGGAGUUCAUCCUCCUGCUGGACCGCUGCGGCAGCAUGGCGCGCCCCAUGGACGGCAGAGACCUCUCCCGCCAGCGCAUCAACAGCGCCAAGGAGACCCUGUUCCUGCUGUUGAAGAGUUUGCCCCUGGGCUGUUAUUUCAACAUCUACGGCUUUGGGUCUGAGUUCGAGUCCUUCUACCCGCAGAGCGUGGAAUAUACCCAGCAGACCAUGGCCGAGUCCCUGCAGCGCAUCCAGCUGCUCCAGGCUAACCUGGGGGGCACCAAAAUCUUGGAGCCACUACAAGCCAUUUACCGCAGCCCCUGCCGGGACGGGCACCCACGCCAGCUGUUCGUGUUUACGGAUGGGGAGGUAGAGAACACCCAGGAUGUCAUCGCAGAGGUGCAGCGUCACCGGGGGACCCACAGGUGCUUCUCCUUCGGCAUCGGGGCCGGGGCCUCCACAGCUCUGAUCAAAGGCAUCGCCCGGGCAGCAGAGGGCAGCGCCGAGUUCAUCACUAGCCAGGACCGCAUGCAGCCCAAGGUGCUGCAGUCUCUGAAGCGGGCCCUGCAGCCGGCGGUGACCGGGAUCUCGCUGAGCUGGGAUCUGCCCCCCGGGAUGCAGGCGGAGCUGCUGCGUCGUGGCCCCGAGGUGAUCUUCGGUGGGCAGCGGUGUCUCGUCUACGCCCAGCUCCGCGGGCAGCCCCAGCCCGCAGACACUCCCAUGGGGGGUGUCACCCUGCAGUACCGCAUCCAGGACCAGACCUACAAGGAGACGCUGCAGUUCCCCCUGCAGCCACAGGAUGGAGACAGGCUGCCCGUUCACCGGCUGGCAGCCAAGUCGCUGCUGCUGGAGCUGGAGGGGACCGUGGGGGCCGGGUCGGAGCGGGACCGGCACCGGGCACUGGAGGCCAGCCUGAGCUCGGGGGUCAUCUGCUCCCUCACGGCUUACGUGGGGGUGGACACGGAGCGGGGUCAGCCGGUGCAGGGGCCGCUGGUGAGACGGGACGUCCCGCUGGCAGAUUUCAUCGUGGACUAUGGACAUGUGGAGAUGAUAGACUGCGUCUCGAUAGGACAGGUCUCAAUAGACCGUGUUUGCGAGCGGCCGGCGAGCAUAGUGCGCAUAGAUGAACCGAACCACCGCAGCUUCUUCGGGCGCCUGGCCCGUGCCUUGCGUGUGGCAC